AUGCGCCCCGCGCCCGGCGCCCCCCGCGCGGCCCCGCCCCCCGCCCGGCUGCAGCCCCGGUUCCCGCGCGGCCGGAGCGGCUCGGGCAGCAGCAGCAGCGGCGGCAGCGGCGGCGACACCGGCAGCAGCAGCAGCAGCAGCAGCGCGGGCGCCGAGCGGGAGGACGACGACGAGAGCGCCAGCAUCAGCAGGCCGCUGGUGCCCGCCGGGCCCCCGGGGAGCGCCGCCGCCUCCUGCGCCUCCACGCCCACCUCCCCGCGUAGCAUGACCGCCGCCGACCUGGGCGCGGGCGCCGUCGCCGGGGCCGUCGGGGGCGCGGGCGGCGCCAGCCCCGGCCCCUCCUGCCGUUUGUGUUGCUGCUGCUGCGGUCGCCGGGCUCGGCCGGGCCGCGGCGGUGGGCGCCGCGGCUGCGCCCCCGGCCCGGGCUGUCGCUGGGGCUACCAGGCGCUGUCCGUGGCGCUGCUGCUGGCGCAGGGCGGCCUGCUGGACGUGUACCUCAUCGCUGUCACCGACCUGUACUGGUGCUCCUGGGUCGCCACCGACCUGGUGGUCGCGGCGGGCUGGGCCAUCUUCUUCGCCAAGAACAGCCGGGGCCGUCGGGGCGCCGCGCACACCCACCACCCGCACCACCCGCACGCCGCGCCCCUGCACCUGCCCGCCGCCCCCGCCGCCGCUGCCGGGGCUGCGGGAGCCAAGGCGCGCGGCGGCCGCGGGGGCGCGGGCGGCCUGGGGCCGGCGGGGGCGGCCGGCGCGGCUGGCGAGUUCGCCUUCGCCUACUUGGCCUGGCUCAUCUACUCCAUCGCCUUCACGCCCAAGGUGGUGCUCAUCCUGGGCACGUCCAUCCUGGACCUCAUCGAGCUGCGCGCGCCCUUCGGCACCACGGGCUUCCGCCUCACCCUGGCGCUGUCGGCGCCGCUGCUCUACUGCCUGGUGCGGGCCAUCGGCGAGGCGGGCGCCACCCCCGGCUCCGCGGGCCCCCUGCUCCUGCAGCCCCAGCGGCACCGCGCCGCCGGCUGCUUCCUGGGCACGUGCCUGGACCUGCUGGACAGCUCCGCCCUGGUGGAGCUGAUGCUGGACGGCCGCGCGCCGCUGCCCGCGCACCUGCGCUACCUGCUUCUCGCCGCCUACUUCCUCGCGCUCGCCUCGCCGGUGCUCUGGCUCCACGAGCUCCACGCCGCUGCCGCCUCGCCCCGGGGCCGGGCCUCGCGGCCGGGAGGCUGCAGCCGCCUGCUGCGUCUGCUGGGCGGCUGCCUCGUGGACGUACCCUUGCUGGCGCUGCGCUGCCUGCUGGCCGUGAGCUACCAGCAACCGCUCUCCGUCUUCAUGCUCAAGAACCUCUUCUUCCUCGGCUGCCGCGGCCUGGAGGCCCUGGAGGGCUGCUGGGACAGGGAGACCCCGGCGUCCCCGAGUCGGGCUCGGGCAGGCUACGGCGCUCCGCCCUCCGCCCCGUUGGUGCCGGGAGCCCCCCAGCUGGGCCACUGCAUCUCGGAGGACGAGGGGGGCGCCCACGGCUACGUCAACACCCUGGCUGUGGCGUCCCAAAACUGAGGGGUCUGGGGGCUUGCUCUGGAGUUGGGAGACCCCGCUCCCUGUCCUGCGACCUUCCCUCACCCAGACUGGAUCAGCCUCUGUUUGGGGGAGGUAACUGUAAACAGGGCUGAGAGCCAGCGCGCCCCUCUGAACCCCUUGGGUCAAGACUGCUUGGAAGGAGCCAGCCGCUAAGGAGAGGGAGGAGGGUCGCCGGCUCUCUUCUCCUCUCGACGCCCUUCCCCAGUCCUUCUCUCCAGGGGCGGGGCACCUCUGCUUCUCGCUUCUCCCACCUCCUCUGAUUCCUCUCCCUUGCAGGGCCGAAUGGAGGAAAGGGGGCCCGGGGCCUUCGGCCACCCACCUUGCUUGGACAUGCCAGCUUCUUUUAGGCUGUGGUUAGUGGUCCUUGACCCACACCUUGAAAUGACCCAGAAUCCCAUGCUCCCCUGAUGUGUCCAUUGCAUUUCUUCCAGAUGGUAGAUGCAAAGUCUGUGUGUGUGUGUGUGUGUGUGUGUGUGUGCACGCACAUGCGUGCGCAUUCACGCGUGUGUUGUUUCCUUGUGUCCAACCUGUGCCCCUCACAAUCAGUAGGAGAUCUGGGGAGGCCCGGUCCUCCCCACCACACACUCCUCAUUCCUACCUGAAUCUGUGGCCAUGAAUUCCCAGACAGAGUUGGGCUCCUGGGGGCUGCCCAGUGGCCCUCCUCCGAGGGAGAAGCUCACCCAGGAUCUUCCUCAAUGCCACUCCUUUCCUCUCAGCUGGGGGGAGGGGAGGGUCCAUACUCCAAGGACCAAACUACACCUUUUCUUGGGUGUUACUACCUCCGCUUUCCACUUGUGUCGCAUCACACACUGAUGCUGCUUGCGAAAACUAAGGACAAAUACUCAGAUGUUGCAUUCAGCGUGGCCACUGGAUCCAGCUGGGGUUCGGUGCCACUGUUAUUACAGGGUCUGCGGAGGGUCAGCCAUUGGCUGCCCUCCCUCUCUCCCUCCAAAUGUGCCCAUAGCUCCUGUCCUUCCUGCAGCUGGUCGCUGGCUGGGUCAUCUUGGCUCAGAACAGCUUUGGUGGGGUUUCUGGAUAGAAAACCAUGUGAGCUGGGCCUCCCAUGGGCCCACAGGAGUAGGAAAUCCACCUCCCCACCUGUCCUUCCUUUAGGAAGCAUGGUAUACAUGAGAAAGGGCGGUGGUGACCGUUGUCCUCUGCUCUGGUCACGGGAGCCUCUAGGGAAAAGCAGGCUGCGUGGAGUAGGGUGGCUAAGCCCCACCCGGCCCAGCCUCCCUCCUUAGCGACAGGUCACGUCCAGGGGCUGCCCCCGUACAGGCUCGAUGUGGGACCUCUCUCGGCAUCUUUGAGGCAGGAUGAGUAUUUUGGGGGGAGGUCAGAGUGCAGGAAGAGUUGAGAGCCAGGCCAGGGGUACCUACUCCCCUCCACCCUGCGGGAGGAGGGGGCUGGGGGAGGUUGUAGGAAUCUGUUUCCCUCCCUCCCUGUGCCUGGGGAGCUCUGUGUGGUGUCAUAAACUCUGGACAGAGGGUCAGAGGUCAUGGGUUGUGGCUUUGACUGUCACCCACUAGCUUCAGUGACACGUGACUUCCGCUUUCUGGGCCUCCGUUUGGCACUUGGGGCUCCUCUCUCUCAAUUUCUUGGGGGCUGUUGACAGAAGACAGACACACAGACGGGGCUGAUGGCCUGAGCCUCCCUGCUCUCACGGGUGAGGGCGCGGGGAGGGAGGAACAUGUUUGCACUCAGUGUCCCUGCUCCCAGCCCCUUGCCCACCAGGUCCAGGAUCAGCUGGUUGGAUUUUGCAACUAAUUGUUCUUUUCCUGCCUUCUCUCCUCCCCAGGACCCCCCUUCUUGCCCUUUGAAUUCCAUGUGGUCAAAGUUCUGGGGCCCAGAUUCUGGGGGGCCCAGGAACUGCUCCCUCUGUUCCCACACCCUCUCUCCAGCUUUGCUGUUUCUCUGCUACCUAAUCUCAGCGACUGAGAAGGACUUUGUGUCCGAGGAGCCAUGGCCCCAGGCCGGCCCCUGCCCCACCCCCUUCUCCUGCUUGGACGGCCGUCUCCCUGCUGAGUGACCGCUGCUGCGACACCUCCAGGGUGUCGGGUAUUCUGGUGGGAGGCUGCGGUGGGUUCCGGUGGGCUGCGCUUCCCGGCACCCGGCUGGCCUGGCAGAGGCCAGGCCUGUUCCGGUCCGGCUGCCAGGCGCACUCACCGCGGGACAGGCGUCCUCCUCCCGACACUUGCUGCCAGCACUUGUGCUCAGGGCGUCAGCCCCUUCCUUCUGGUGUGUUUUUCUUGAGUCCUUUUACUUACUUCCCUUGCCUCAUUCACAAAAAGAAAUGCCCCGAAAGUUUCAUUUUUCUUGUUUUCUAGGAACACCUGUAGCGCGGGGUCCAACCAGAGAUGCUGUGGUGUGUCUAGCGUCCCCGGGCCCGCGCCCGCGCCCGCCGUGCCGGUCACGGAGAAGAAGCUGGGCACGGGUCCCGGGCUGCCCGCCUCUAACGUUGGGCAGGUCAGGCCGUCCUCCCCUGAGCCUCGGACUCCUUAUCUUUUUGGAAAGGGCUUGGGCCAGACCUUCUCUAAGGACGGCUCCGAGUCCAUGAGUUUUCGUGGGAGAGAGCGAGCUGGCAGUCAGAGCCUGGAGGACGGAAGUGGUACCUCGCUGGCAUUUAUCACGUUCUUUUCUCCUUCUCUUUUUAAAAAUAAAACCAGCUUCUGUUCUGAA